UCGAAGACACAUUCAAUCGAUCUCAUCCAAAAAAAAUGCAGCAAACGGGGGAGGUCAACACCACUGAGAAUCAACCCCUGAGAGAGAAGCAUGUGAGGGAUCUAACGGUGGACAAGAGGAGACUAGUGGAGGUGCCGUACACGGCGUCGCUGGCCCACACCAUGAACGCGCUGGUGGCUAACCGCGUUGUGGCGGUACCAGUGGCUGCACCGCCUGGGCACUGGAUUGGAGCUGGUGGGUCUAUGAUCAUGGAGUCUGAUAAGCAGACGGGGGUUGUACAGAAGCAUUAUAUAGGGAUUGUUACCAUCCUUGAUAUGCUGGCACAUAUUGCUGGAGAUGAUAAGAUAGACGGCGGUGAUGGGUCUAAUCUUGAUCAGAAGAUGGCGGCCCCAGUCUCCUCAAUCAUAGGGCACUGCCUUGAGGGUCUCAGUCUAUGGACCCUAAACCCUAAUACCAGCGUGAUAGAUUGUAUGGAAGUGUUUAGCAAAGGGAUCCACCGUGCUUUGGUACCCGUGGAUGGUCACAUGGAAAACACGUCGGGAGUGGAACUUGUGGAGUCUGCAUCAAGCUAUCGAAUGCUUACACAGAUGGACUUGGUGAGGUUCUUGAAGGAGCAUGCAUCUGAGAUUGGAGGCAUCAUAUCACGCACAGUCACUGAAUUGGGAGCGGUUACUGAGAAUCAUGUCUUUGCCAUCACUCAUCGCACCAAAGUAAUCGAAGCGAUCAAGUGCAUGAGGGCUGCGAUGCUCAAUGCUGUUCCUAUUGUUACAGUCACAAAUGCUCCUGAACAAGAAUAUCACAAGCAGCUUAUAAAUGGCAGAGGUAGGAAGCUAAUAGGUACAUUUUCGGCAACAGAUUUGAGGGGUUGCCACCUUGCCACGCUGCAAUCAUGGUUGCCUUUGAGUGCACUAGACUUUACUGAGACUGUCUCGAAAAGCCCCCUAUAUGCAGCUUCGGAAUCACCAAGGGAGCUUGUGACUUGCCUUGCUGAAUCAUCCCUUGCCGAGGUGAUCGACAAGGCAGUCACUAAACAUGUCCACCGAGUUUGGAUCGUGGACCAACAGGGUUUACUUGUCGGGCUUGUUUCAGUCACAGACAUAAUUAGAGUGGUAAGGCUUUCGCUGCUAUCAGAUCCCCAGCCACAGGUGAUGUGAAAGGCUUUCUUCUAUCUGUGUCAUAUUUUGGGUUUUUUGUACACGUUAAUAACCUGUGACAUGGGUGUUCUACUGACUUCAAUUAGCGUGAAAAUUAAGCACUUGUAUGCUAAUUAACUUAACAAACAGUUAGCUGUCCAAUGUAAAAAGCAGUUUGUGUUCAAAUAAAGCGAUUUUGGAUUAUGAA